GCCCGCCUGGGCGUGGCUCUGUCCCAGGCCUGGACACUGUAGGGCUGGGAGUAAGCUCCACCCUGUCCCUCCCGGCCCUGACACAGUGAGAGUUACAGCCGGGCCCUCCCCGUCUCCAGAGCCCUGUCCCUUAGCAACAGUCUCGGCAGGCAGGACACGCAGCUAACACUGGGCCCAGCAGGCAGCAGUGCAGGCCAGGUGAGGGGCCGUCCCCAGGGUGGGUCUGGCCGGCUGAGCAGGAGUGUUACCUCGACUUCUCCCCAAGCAGCUGCCUGAGAGCCCCGACCAAGCAUGGACACCGUGGACGCCACCGUGGAGCAGCUCCGGGCACAGUGCCUGUCCCGAGGGGCCUCCGGCAUCCAGGGCCUGGCCAGGUUCUUCCGCCGCCUGGACCGGGAUGGGAACAGACGCCUGGACGCGGGGGAGCUCCGGCGGGGCCUGGCCGAGCUGGGGCUGGCGCUGGGGGAGGCGGAGGCCGAGGCCGUGUGCAGGCGCUGGGACCGCGACGGCAGCGGGACGCUGGACCUGGAGGAGUUCCUGCGGGCACUGCGGGCCCGGGAGGCAGUCAUUGCAGCCGCGUUUGCCAAGCUGGACCGCAGCGGGGAUGGCGUGGUGACGGUGGACGACCUCCGCGGGGUGUACAGUGGCCGUGCCCACCCCAAGGUGCGGAGUGGGGAGUGGACCGAGGACGAGGUGCUACGCCGCUUCCUGGACAACUUCGACUCCUCCGAGAAGGAUGGGCAGGUCACGCUGGCAGAAUUCCAGGACUACUACAGAGGUGUGAGCGCCUCCGUGGACACAGAUGAAGAGUUCGUGGCCAUGGUGACCAGCGCCUGGCGGCUGUGAGCAGCACGGGGCUGGGCUGUGCCACCCGGGCACAUACCCCUCCCCCACACCUGAGCCAGGACCCUCCUCACCUGGGCUUGGAGCUGAGCAGCACACUGUGACAGGGCUGGGGGAGGUGGAAUUGAGGCUGCAGAACCGGCUAGACCGGGUCCCUGCCAGGCCACCAGGCGGAGGGGGGACAAAGGCUCUAACAGGGUCACUGGCUCAGGACCCCAGGGAGAAAGGCUCGCCCUGCCCACAGUCUGCUCACCUGGGGCCUUGCAGCCCUGCGGAUGCCCCGCUGAAGUGCCCCACCCCUCCCCAUGCGUCCCUGCUGGGGGAGGCUGUGUGGAGGGGGCCAGCCUUGGGAGGCAGAGUGGGGACACCUGCCCAGGUGUGGAGCACGAGGCAGGGGCCAGGCCCUCUGGCCUCCUGAGGCCCCUGGGGCGUGCGGGAGGCCAGAGUUUUAGUUAAAAGUUUAAUGUAGUUCCCAAAUACAUUUCAUAUGACAAUCUUACAUAAAUGUUCCAAAACA